AUGUCCUCCAAACAAGCAGUAAUGUCUGGAACAGGCCAAGUUGGUCCACACAGGAGCCAAUCCAGUACCCAGACCGGCCAUGAUGAUUGGCUGGGUGGUGAGUGGUGGCAGCUUCAUGAUCGACGGCUUGACAGAAACAACAAGCUCCUGACCGAUCUUGAGGUCGCUCAGAUACUUGGAACACUGUCCGUAUCUGGUUCUGCCCUUCUUGUCGGUCCAGUCGACCACAACAACCAGCAAAUGGACCUCGUUAGGAUGCAUCUUCUGAGACGACGCAAUCGAGUACUCUCUUCUCUUCAAAGGAGGAAUCAACUGCACAAGCUCCUCUGCAGACGGUCUGGCGCUCGGGAACAGCUCAAAGAUGUCCACGUAGUUGUAGAACUCCUCGUCCUGGUACACCUUGAGCAGCUCUGCUCCGUCAGCACUGCCCAGUUUUGUGAGCGUCGUUUUUUCCUCAGAGUCGGUAGCAUACUCGGCCAGAGACUCGAAGAACCGUUUUGGCGGCUUUCCAAGCAGGUCCAGGUUCUCAAUAAGCGCCUGUCUGACGGUUCUGACCUCGAAAAUGGACUCGUGUUCCUUCGAGACCACCUGGACAAGCGAGUCUGCGUCCAAGCCGUAAGACUCGAUAAACUGGUCAACAACCUCCGGCGUGUUUCUUCCGUGAACACCAAGGGCCUCUCCGAUGUUUUCUCGAUUGGCAAGUCCGGACGCAGCGACGACGAAACGCCGUACGCCUCCUUGAACAUCAGCUUACGGGCAAGCUCUGUCUUGGAGUCCACCUUGACUGCGGUGGUGUCCACAAACUUUUCUCUUGGGUUUGGCUCGAACGAAGUCUCGACAAAGUCGACAAAAUCGGUCUCUUCCUCCUCUGGCUGCUCCACCUCCUUGAUGGUCACCUCCAGAACGUGUUUGUCGAUCUUCUCGACAACAUCAGCAAUGACAGACGCCAACAGCUCGGCCUCGCUGCCAAAUGCUUGCAGAAUCUUGGUCACAAUUGCUCCCGUGUCGAGCUCUGGGAAAGCGUGUUUCCAGAACGCGACCUGGAUCGCGAUCGACGCAGUGCGGCCCUUGGUGGCCUCUUCUUCGCCCACACCGUUCAGAUCAACCACCUUGAGCGUUCUGUGCUGUGCCACAAGGUUGGUCUUGAACUUGGCAGACAGAGUCUUUUCCACAAACUUGGUCUCCUCGAACUUCUCGUCGGCGCUGUUGAUCACCAACAACGUUCCAGACUCUUUCAGGUUCUUCAAAACAUCGAGCUCGUUCAGAAUGUUGACGUUCUCAACAACAACCACGUCCAGAGCGUCUCCGCUGCCGGAACCAGCCUGGAUAUCGGCAGAGAACACACCCGAGUCCAAGCUGUUGUCGAACUUGGGCCGCCAGGUACUCGAGCUCGGCAACCGACUCGUCGGCAACCUUCAGGAACCGCUGGUUCACGUACAAGGCCGCUUGGACGUCGAGCUUGAGGCCAUUGAUACCGCCGUAGUUCUCGCCAACAACAACAAUCUUCUUGGCAGAGGCAGGAACAACCUCGACGAAUCUGGCAACCUCGAACGGAAGAGCCACUCUCACAAGCACGUGGGCCAGGUUGAGCUUCUUCAGAACGGCGGUCUCGGCACUGCUGUACGCAACGUAGACCACGUCUGCGUUCUUGGAGCCAAAGUACUCGAACGGAGCGUAAUUGGUAGCAAGAACCUCGUUCAGCACACUCAGAGCCAGAGACAGUCUGGAAGCAGCAGGAGCAAGCUGGAUCUUGCCGUUAAGCUUCUCAUACAGCUCCUCGGCAACAGGCUUGAUCUUUUCGUUCGACAACGAGCCCGUGACGGUCUGGUUGCUCUUGAUGAACUCCAGCCCGUCAAACAGAUGCACCGUGGUGACGUUGAGUUUGGCGAGCACGUUGGCCAAGAUCGCAAAGUGCUGGGCCUCCACGGCGUUCAGCGAGUGCAACACAGGCAGUUUCAGGUUCUUGGCAAUGGUCAGAGCCUUGGAGUAGUGCGAAACGAGCUUGCCCGACUCAAAGUCGUAAUCCAGGCUGGCAACGUUCAAGGAAAGAGCCAGGUUAUGGUGGUUCUGGCUAUUCUGGAGCAAAACAGGCUCCAUAUAAGCCAAACCGGAGCUUGGAACAAUCACAGAAACAGGCUCUCCGUCGGUGCUUUGGUUCAGGUACCCCAAAACAAGGUUACCGCAGCCAGAUCUAACGUCCAGACUGUAUAG